AAUUGAUUGAGCGUAGAAUCUCGGGUCUGACUUUCAUCAGUGCUUUCUGUCCCUAGGACAAAAACUGACCGCCACCCACUAUAACGCGUUACAGCCCUCCGCCAUGCCGUUCCGUCUCACAUACGUCCGAGACCGUGCUGAUUUUGAAGAUGUCAUGGCCUGUCAGUGGAUCGCGCAUGAAAACCCGUUCCAACCAUUCUUCAGGCUCUUUUGUCCCGUAUACGAAUCCGGACGCCUAGAUUCCAUCAAUAAGGCUGCGUCACUACAAUGGAAGUGGCAUGAGCACGAAAUUGAUGCGCAUUGGCUGAAGGUAGUGGAUGAGGGAGCAGAGAAUAAGAUUGUCGGUGCGGCUUGGUAUAAGAUCUAUAAGGAAGAUCCGUUCCAGCAUGAAGAAGAAGAGGUUGUAGACUGGUAUCCUGAGAACAGCACUCGGGAGUUUGUUGGGCAAGCGUUGGAACAACUAGAUGAACCGCGGAGAAACGGAGCUCAAAAGCCUCAUAUCUUCCUCAACAUUUUGUUCACGCACCCUUCAUAUCGUAGUAGAGGCGUUGGCUCUACUCUUCUGACAUGGGGCAUAGAGAAAGCUGACGAACUUGAUGUCGAAUUUUGGCUCGAUGCGACGCCGCUGGGUAAGCCUCUGUAUGAAAAACAUGGGUUUGAGCUGGUGAAAAGAAAUCCUGUUGUUCCCAAAACUGAUUUGCCAGACGAAGAUUGGCAGCAGUUACAGGGGGAGAUGGGCGAGAUUGUAUUUUGGACAAUGAAGAGGGGGAGAAAGAGUGAAAGAGAGACGACUACCGCGUGACUCGGUUCUUGAUUCUUGCAAGCCAAUGGCCGUCUCAAGGAGGAAACUGCGUGAAUGAUGGGAUAGAGAGCUCUAAUUGAAGUUCU